GUGCUAUGUGCUUGCUUGUUGCUGCUCCUAUGUGCUUGCUUGUUGCUGCUGCUAUUUUGGGAAGUCUAUGGUUUUCCCUUACAACAUACUACUGCUGAUUUAACUGCAAAAGAAUUAGUAAUGAAGAAGAAGCAUGGCACUAUAUUGAUGCUCACAAUGUUCAUUUUGAUGUUUACAGCACUAGUUGUUGCACGCCGCGCCGCCCUGACCUCCACGCGCACCUUGGAGCAGCAGCUGGAGAAGCACGCCGCGCCGCCCUCGACCGCUGACGCCGCCGCAGAGGACCGCCGCCGCACUUGCAGACAGGAUGGCCGGUCCCGGUGGCCGGCGAGGCGGUCGAGGCCGCGGUCCUGGGCGCCCCCGGGGCCGGGGAAGGGGCCGCCGCGGUGGAGCAGCAAGGGCCCCACGGUCACCGUCACCUGCAUCCUCCUCGUCUUCGGAUGAGGAACGCUGCUUCG